ACUGGCACCUUUUUAAGCCUGACGUUACGAAGUUGCACAUGCCGAAAUAAUGCCAGAAAACGACUCAGUGAGAUUGUACAUUUUGCUUGACCAGGCUUCACUAGAGUCAGUUAAGGCAUCUAGUGGGAAAGAGUUCCAACUGCUUAAUCCUGAUAGGCAUAAAGAUCGGAUUUUAAAGACAGGAGUUGAUGUUGCCACAGUUCGUCCAGAUAUUACCCAUCAAUGUCUACUCAUGCUACUUGAUAGCCCAUUAAACCGAGUUGGUAAACUACAGGUUUUUAUUCGAACAAGAAAAAAUGUGAUAAUUGAAGUGAAUCCUAAAACAAGAAUACCACGUACAUUCGAUCGAUUUUGUGGGCUUAUGGUGCAACUUUUACACAAACUCUCAAUACAUGCUGAAGGUGGCAAUCGUGAGAAACUAUUAAAGAUCGUCAAAAACCCUGUAACACGACACUUUCCAAUUGGUGCUCCAGUUAUUACAAUGUCGUUUUCAUCAAAGGAACAAAUUAAACCAAUUCAACUAGCUGAAGAGACACAGAAACCUAACCCUCAAUCAGUUGUUAUUGUUAUUGGUGCAUUAGCUCAUGGUUCAGUUGUCGAUACUUGUAAAGAGUUUACACAACGUACAGUCAGUAUUAGUAACUUUCCUUUAUCGGCCGCUCAGACAUGCGCUCGAAUAUGUACUGCAUUCGAAGAAGUAUGGUGUGUUGAAGAUAUUUUAAGUGGAGUAAAAACGCAAAUAGAAACCUGACACGUCAAAAUGACAUCGGUGAUAUGUAUGAUAUUUAUUUGUAAAUAAAAGACUUGCACCUGUUAUUGUAUUGUAAAAUGAAGUACAUGUAAGUAAUUGGGUGAUUUAACUGUUUGUUAUCAUUUUCAAUAGUCACCAGAAACACCCUCAAAUAUGAAAAAAGCGAU